UCUCGUCCAUCGCUCAGAGCUAAUCUCUCAGUCUCGCUCAAGAACUCAACACUUAUAGUCUGACAAUGACACCAUCGAAUACAUCCAGCCAUACAAGCCCAUCAACCAGCCUGUGGAAGCCCAAGAAGCCUCACCACCAUUGGGCUUCACUUCUGAGGACCUGCCUGCUCUAAAGUGGAUCCGCUACUUCUUAGACAAGCCAAGGUCUGCAUUAUUCAUCUUUAGGACCAAGGGCACACUAAGGAAAAAACAGACUUCAACUGAAACAGCGUUACAAAAUACAUUUGAAGCAGAUGGAGCAGGAGAUCUCUAAAGUACAGCGGACAAUGUCUGAUUUGGAGUCAGUUCUCCAGCAAAAGGACGUUGAGCUUAAAGCCUCCGAGACACAGAGAAGCAUACUGGAACAGGACCUGGCCACCUACAUCACUGAAUGCAGUAGCCUGAAGCGCAGUUUGGAGCAGGCUCGUAUGGAGGUCUCUCAGGAGGACGAUAAAGCUCUGCAGCUGCUCCACGACAUCCGCGAGCAAAGUAACAAACUGCAGGAGAUUAAGGAGCAGGAGUAUCAUGCCCAGUUGGAGGAAAUGCGAGUGUCCAUCCGUCAGCUGGAGGAGAAUCUCUCUGCUGCCCGGCGUCGGAGUGACCUGUAUGAGUCCGAGUUAAAAGAGUCACGCCAGACCAGCGAAGACCUGAAAAGAAAGGCGGCGGAUUAUCAGCUGAAAAUUCAAAAGGCCAAAGAGCAAGGCAAGGCUGAGAUGGAGGAGCUUUUAACUAAACUGCAAAAGAACAGUGAAGAGCAACAAGGAAAGAUUGAAGAGCUGAAGGACAAGCUUGACAAGGCAGUGAAAGCGAGUACCGAGGCCACCGAGUUGCUGCAGAAUGUACGCCAAGCUAAAGAGCGCCUGGAACGGGAUUUAGAGAGGAUGCAAACCAGAGAGGAAUCCACUGACAGCCUGCGCAGACGCCUGCGAGAGACCGAGCAGGAUGGUAGAAAGACCCUGGAGAAUCAAGUAAAGAGGCUGGAGAUUGUGGAGCGCAGGGAGAUCAAACUGAAAGAGGACAUCCAGACCAAAUCACAGCAAAUACAACAGAUGGCUGAUAAGAUCAUGGAGCUGGAGGAGAACCUGCGUGAAACUAAAGCCACAGCUCAGCGCAUGGAGACAAUUCUGGAACAGAAAGAGAAACUUUAUGAGGAUAAAAUCAAGGUUUUAGAGAACCAGAUGAAGGCAGAUUUGACUGACAAAGAGCUUCUGGAGUCAAAGCAGAACGGUUAUGAGGAGGAAGUACGAGAGAAGAGCAAACUGCUCAGUGAACAGACAGCGACAAUCAACGCUAUGGAGUCUAAGAUGGCCAGCUUGGAUCAGAGGAUUGCUGAGCUGUCUGAGGCCAAUAAGUUGGCAGCCAACAGCAGUAUCUACACUCAGAAGAACAUGAAAGCCCAAGAAGAAAUGAUAUCUGAACUAAGGCAGCAAAAAUUCUACCUGGAGUCUCAGGCAGGUAAACUGGAGGCCCAGAAUGCAAAGCUAGAGGAGCAUCUGGAGAAGAUGAGUCAACAGGAGCAGACCAACAAGAGCCGUGUGCUGGAGUUGGAGGCCAGACUAAGAGAGAUUGGUCUGGAACAUGAAGAACAGAAGCUGGAAAUAAAGCAACAAGUGUCUGAGCUGACACUGUCACUGCAAGAACGAGAGUCGCAAAUUAGCAGCUUGCAGGCAGCACGUCAUGCUUUGGAGAGUCAGCUUCAGCAGGCCAAGACCGAGCUGGAGGAGACCACAGCUGAAGCAGAGGAGGAGAUCACUGUUCUCCGGGCUCACAGGGAUGAAAUCCAGCGGAAGUUUGAUGCCCUGAGGGACAGCUGUGCGGUGAUCACGGACCUGGAGGAGCAGCUUACUCAGCUGACUCAGGAGAACGCAGAGUUAAACAGGCAGAACUUUUACCUUUCCAAGCAACUGGAUGAAGCCACUGAUGAAAAUGAGGAGAGAAUGCAACUCAGUCAGGAGGUGGACCGGCUGCGCAGAGAGGUGGCCGACCGAGAGAUGCACCUCAACAAUCAGAAACAGAACAUCGAGACCCUGAAGACCACGUGCACCAUGCUGGAGGAGCAGGUAUUAGAGCUAGAGACUCUGAACGAUGAGCUCAUGGAGAAGGAGCGACAGUGGGAGAGCUGGAGGACGGCGCUGGACGAGGAGAAGAACAAGGCUGAGCGAAGAGCUCGAGAGUUACAGAGGCAGCUUGAUAAUGAAAAACAGAACAGGCUGCGUGCUGACCAGCGCAGCUCAGAGUCUCGUCAGGCCAUUGAACUGGCUGUAAAGGAACACAAGGCUGAGAUUCUGGUGCUGCAGCAGGCCUUAAAGGACCAGAAGCUAAAAGCAGAAGGCCUCUCUGAUACGCUGGGUGAUCUGGAGAAGAAGCACUCCAUGUUGGAGAUGAACGCUCGUAGCCUGCAGCAGAAAUUAGAGACUGAGCGGGAGCUCAAACAGAGGCUGGUGGAUGAGCAGGCGAAGCUGCAGCAGCAGUUGGAUAUGCAGAAGAGUCACAUUUUCAGGCUGACACAGGGCCUGCAGGAUGCAUUAGACCAGACGGACCUUCUGAAGACCGAGAGAACAGACCUGGAGUACCAGCUGGAAAAUAUACAGGCAGCAUACUCUCAUGAGAAGGUGAAGAUGGAAGGAACCAUCACCCAGCAGACCAAGCUGAUAGACUUCCUGCAGGCCAAGGUAGACCAUCACUCUAAGAAGAAAAAGGGCAUCUUCGGUGGCAGGCGGCGAGAGGACCUUUUGGCAGCCCUGGCAGCCCAGAAUCAAUCGCAGGCGCCCUCUGUGCCCGUUGUGACUCCUGUGCCUCUGCAGUACAGUGACAUAAAGGCGGCGCUGGAUAAGGAGCGCGCCCGCUGCUCUGAACUAGAGGAGGCCCUUCAAAAGACACGCAUGGAACUCAGGGAGGCCAUGCAGUUUAAUAAAGGUCUGGAACAUGGUGGUACUCCUGCCACCCCUGGUAUUGCCCGACAGCAGCUCAUGAUGUCAACCAAGUCCACCAAAUCCCCUGAGCACCAACCUAAUCCUACCAACCUGCCACCAUCCAGCCGCAGAAAGGAAACCGGCAACUCUGAGGAAAUGAGAAGAGCCACUUCAGAAAAGUAUGUGCGACGUGUGAAAGAGAGGCUUCACCACAGUACUCAUGGUUCCCACAGCACCCCUCACCGUUUCACCCAGGGCCUCAACAUGAGGGCAGCCAAGUGCACGGUGUGUCUGGACACUGUUCACUUCGCCCGGCAGGCGGCUACAUGCAUCGAAUGUCAUGCUUUGUGUCAUCCUAAAUGCUCCCCUUACCUCCCAGCCACAUGUGGCAUUCCCACUGAGUAUGCCCUACACCUUUCUGAGGCUUUGUGUAGAGAGAAGAGCAGCAGCUCAGGUCUGCAGCUCAAAGACUCCGGUGGACACAUGAGAUUGGAGGGCUGGAUGAAGCAGCCAAGGAAUGGGAAGCGUGGUCAGGGCUGGGAGAGGAAGUAUGUGGUGCUGGAAGGAAACAAGGUUCUUACCUAUGAGAUUGAGCCCAGAGAAGAGUCAGUGAAGCCAGUGGACGAGUUUGAUCUGUGUGUAUCUGAUGGUGAAGUGAUCGUGCACAGUGCCGUGGGCGGCUCAGAGCUCACCAAUACUGCUAAAUCUGAUGUGCCGUUUGUGCUGAAGCUUGAGUCGCUGCCCUUCACAUCCUGCUGGCCGGCACAGACUCUGUACCUCAUGAGCUCAGGCUUUACAGAGAAGCAGCGCUGGGUAGCGGUGUUGGAGGCCAUCGUGGCUAGUGCCCGUGGUGCCCGUGAGAAAGCAGAGGCAGACGCAAAACUGCUGGGAAAUUCUUUGCUCAAACUGGAGGGAGACGACAGACUGGACAUCAACUGCACUUUGCCCUUUACUGACCAGAUUGUAUUGGUGGGUUCAGAGGAAGGUCUUUAUGCACUGAAUGUCAUAAAGAACUCAUUAACUCACAUCUCAGGAUUGGGGUCUGUGUUCCAAAUCUACAUCAUCAAAGAGCACGAUAAGCUGCUAAUGAUUGUUGGGGACGAGAGAGCGCUCUGUCUGGUGGAGAUAAAAAAAGUGAAGCAGUCGUUGUCCCAGUCGCACCUCCCAACCCUGCCUGAAAUUGUUCCGUACAUCUUUGAGACUGUCAAGGGCUGUCACCUCUUUGCCGCAGGGAGGAUUGAAAAUAGUUCCUGCAUUUGUGCAGCGAUGCCCAACAAAAUCACAAUCCUGCGCUACAACGACAAUCUCAGCAAAUUCUGCAUUCGCAAGGAGAUUGAAACCUUGGAGCCGUGUAGCUGUAUUCAUUUCACCAGCUAUAGCAUCAUCAUCGGCACCAAUAAGUUCUAUGAAAUUGAGAUGAAGCAAUACGUGCUGGAGGAGUUCCUGGACAAGAACGAUGUGUCACUGGCUUCAGCCAUGUUUACCACGUCCUCCUACAGCUUCCCCAUCGCCAUCAUGCAGAUCUCAAGCACGGCUCAGAAAGAGGAGUACCUGCUCUGCUUUCAUGAGUUCGGAAUCUUUGUGGACGCCUACGGCCGAAGAAGCCGACCAGAUGAACUCAAAUGGAGUCGUCUUCCUCUGACCUUCGCCUUUAGAGAGCCAUACCUGUUUGUAACCUAUUUCAACUCUCUGGAUGUUAUUGAGAUUCAAAGUCACGCUGCUCUUGGGCCUCCUGCAAUCGUUCACCUGGAUGUUCCUAACCCACGCUACCUGGGCCCGGCCAUUUCAUCAGGAGCCAUUUACCUCGCCUCAUCGUACCAGAACAAACUCAGAGUAAUCUGCUGCAAGGGCCACGUGGUGCGAGAGGCCGGAGAGCUUCAGAGCCCUAACAAGCGUGCCCCGCCCACGUACAACGAGCACAUUUCAAAGCGUAUGUCCUCGAGUCCUGGAGCUCAGGAGAGUGUCCUGCACCGGGAGCCGAGUACGCCACACCGGUACCGCGAGGGACGCACAGAGUUCCGCAGGGACAAGUCUCCGGCCAGACCGCUGGAACGUGAGAAGUCACCAGGCCGCGCUGUGAUCGACGCCCGCAGAGAAAGGUCACCAGGUCGACCCCUGGAUGAGCGCGAAAGAGAACGGGAACGCACACGCCUGCACUCGAACUCGGUCCGAACUCAACUCACACCUGUCAACAAGGUGUGGGACCAGUCUUCUGUGUGACAGCACCCCUGGACCAAUGAAGUUUAAGAGCCAUCGUCCAGUCCCUGCACGGAUGGACACGCCAUGUAACAGGCGCUUCUUUUAACACAACAGGUUCAUCGUGCCAUUACCUGCUGUGAGCAGAUCAUAUUAUAUAUUUUGUAUUUAGCUGUCGUCCAAUUCUACAUGUUUUGCUCACAUAUUUACAUACAAAGUGGAUUUGAGAUAAAAGGGUUUCAUGAGUGAGAGAUUGUAAACAAAACCCAAUAAUCAGAAAAUCCCUUAAUUAUAUAUAAAUAUAUAUAAAUACAAAAUGCACAGCACAUCCUUUUGUAAAUAUACCGAUUCCAAUUUUAUAGUUUAAAGGUUGGGUGAAAGACAUAGUCAGGUCUAUUUUUUAUGAAGAAACGUGUUUGUAUAAAGUUAAGAUGAAGAUUUCUUACAGAACAGUUUUUGUGUUCACCGUUACACGUCUGCUUCAGUCAUCGCAAUCAAGCUGGCUGCUUUACUGGGAUAUUUUCUGUCAGUCUUUUAUAUAGAUAUAUACAGUAUAUAUACACACACAUACACAACUGUGCUUAGUACAAAUACAUUCACACAAAAGUUAUAGAAUGAAACUGGAUGUUGGUGGCAAAACAGGACUUUAUUUAUUUAAAUAUUUAUUUAAAUUAUUGAUUAUAUCCUUGGUAUGUAUGUCUACUUAAAAAUGUAAAAAUUGUAUCUAUUAUGUGUUUCGACUUUGUACUUUUGCAAAAAUACGUAUUUAUAAGUUUAAACUAAGACAUUUUAAGAAUAUUAAGGGAAAAAGCGUCAGACACCACAAAUUAAUAAUCAUACUUUGAUGCAACAUACAUGUACAGUAAGUAAAAAAGCAGCAUUGUGGAUUAAU